AUGAGACUCUGUAAUCAUACCCCGACAGGCCCAUCACAUCCCGAGAGUUGGUUCUAUUGUUCCCCCCUCCCGAAUGGCAACACCUUGCGACACGUAUUUCAAAUUGCCGGUAUCAUUUGCUCGAGUUGCCUUUCCGCUUUCCAGCCCCUCCAAUAA